CACUCCCUUUCAAUCAUCCCCUCCGUCCACCCAAUCUCUCUCUACUCUAUAGAGAGAGAGAGAGAAAUAAGUAGAUACAGAGAGAAAGAGUGUGGGCGUCUCUGCUUUAUGUAUACCAACCUUUAAUCUGCCUGCAUCCCCGUGACUCACUGUGCCACUCUCACUCUCUGUCCUCAGCCUUUUUGAUUCCUAUCCUUCCAUUUGGAGAUAUGUCAUAUGAUAUUUGAGCAAAUCUUGAGUUUUAUGCACUUUAAUUGAAUAUACUCUGCUUUUCUUGUAUUGCUCAAUUACUUGAAUAGUUGAUUCUUGGUAUAUAAAUCUUGUUUUUUAUUUCCUGGGAUUUCCAUGAUGUUUUUCCAUGGAAGAAAAUACACUACUUUCUUUCUUUCAUGAUUCGAUGAUUUCAAGGUUGUUCCUUUAGGCCCUUUCGUUUCUGGGUUUUUGAAGUGCUGUUCCCUUCUGGUAGCUCCUAAUAAUUUUAUAUUCACAGUGCUGAAUUUUUUGGGGGUUUUUUAUUCAAUUUUUUUUUUAUUACUCAUCAAGUGUGUUUCAUACUGAAUAUCUAGAACUUCUUAGGGUUUAGGGUUUUUCUUCUUUCAGACCAAUCAACUACUUUCCAAUUCUUUGCUCUGGUUUGGCUUUUUCUUUACCAAUUAGGUUUAAAUUUGCUGCCCCGAAUCAUUGGAUUCUACAGUUUAUAAGUCAUUUUUGCAAAUGGUUCAUUUCUUGUUUUAGUUGAAAUUUCAGUCAUUCUUGGAGGUUUUCUUUUAAGGUAUUUUACAAAUGUCUUCUUGUUUAAGUGGAGGUGGAAGAGCAAUUAGAUUAGACCUUGAGAUUAUUAAAUCCCCAUCCUCUUCUUGGAUUUCAAAUUCAUCAUCUUCAACUUUAACUGAUACAAGCAAUUCCCCAAUUGCCAUCUCAACUCGAAAACCUCGAACACCUCGAAAAAGGCCUAAUCAGACUUAUAAUGAAGCUGCAGCCAUUCUUUCGGCUGCCUAUCCCAAAAUUUUCUCUGCCAACCACCUCACAAAGCCUUAUAAAUUCACAAAACCGCACUAUAAUUGUAACAAUAGUUUUCCGUAUGAGCCGUCCGAAUUGUUCAUGCCUUUUCAUGUAUUUGAAAACUCGGGAUUCUUGUUGCAUCCACCGAUACUAGAAAAGCCCAAUUUCCCAAUUGAGCCGAAGGGGAUUAGUGCAUUUGAUAAACCGUGCCAAAGUCCGGGGGAAAUCAAUUCAGGAGGGGGUUCUUUGGAGAUUUGUGAUGACUAUCAAGAAGAUUUCAUUGCAGGAUCGAUACUAGAUGCAGAAAUUGAAGAGGGCAUUGAUAGUAUCAUGGGACAGUUAACUACUGGAAACAACUCGGUUGAUGAUUCGAGUACUAGGCAAAUGAGUUCUUGGUGUUAUGGUUAUCCAAUAGGCCUAGGAUUUGGAGGUACAUUUGGCUUUGGAAUGAGAAGGGAAGUGAGGGCAAUGAAAAAGGUUGAUGAUGGGAAUUGGUGGAGGUUCCCUAGUGUCAAUGUGCAAGACAUCACCCCGAAAACCGGUAAAAUCCCGUCCGAGAAGAAGAAAAAGAAGAUUGAAAAGGCGUUCGAACCCAAUAAUUCAGCAUUAUCUAAGUUGAAGUCAAGUUCCAUUAAACCAAACAAGGUGAAUUCAGCUAGCAAAUCACCUAAAGAGGAGGCUAUACUGCCUAAACCAAGUGCAGGGUUGUCAUUAAAAUUGAAUUACGACAACGUUUUGAAUGGGUGGUCCGAUAAGGGAUCGCCAUUUUCCGGCGAAACUCCCUCGGACUCGGAAGCCGCGAGGCAUGAUGUUCAAACAAGAUUGGCACAAAUAGAUUUAUUCGGAGAAGACGAAGUGAGGGAGUCUAGUGUGUUGUGCGACAAAGAAAAGCAGCGUAAGCACCUUUUCUCUAAGAAGAUAAGAUAUCAAGUAAGAAAAGUAAAUGCUGAUCAACGGCUAAGAACGAAGGGACGAUUCGUUAGAAGCCCCAAUUCUCGGGAAAGCGAGCAAGAAUUGUGAAAUGAAAGUAUUUUUGUAGUCAAAAUUUAGCUUUUCUUUCAUCGUUUUGUUAUACUAAUAGCAACUUCUGAGAUAUGUAUACUAGUUGAAGGAGAAUGAAACACAUAUAAGUUAAAAAAAUAUUGUGUUUUAUUGAACAUUAUAGUUUCGUAGUCACACAUUUAUAAAAAUGUCGUGCACCAUAUUUAUGUAUAUUAGUUACUUAUUUUCAAGUGAA